GUGGUUGGUAGCGAUUUCAUCGACACCCACCUGGUGCCACUGGUCGCGCGGAUGGCCAACGACCCGGUCCCCAACGUGCGCUUCAACGCCGCCAAGACGAUCAAGGCCAUGCACGAGGUUUGCAUGUGGAGGCCGCAAAACUUCAAUGACAAGCUCGUGCCUUGUCUCUACAAGAUGCUUGCCGACGAG